GGAAGGAGCAACAAGUGUGUAAUCUCUGCCUCAGAGUCAGGGAGAUGGGAACAGACUGAAGGCAAUUUUCCCUUGGGCAAAGAUGAGUUUCAUCAACAACUGGAUGCCUUUGGCCCCACUCACAGAUGAGGAAAUAUUUAGCAGAGGAGUCAGUGUCAAAGAAGAGCUCAAUGAUGUCACUGAAGAGACAUGUCUAGAAAUUAAGGAGGAACCACUUGAUUAUGCAGAUAAGGAGAAGGAUGAAGUAAGUGACAUAAAAGUGAAACAUAAUUGUCUUUCCUGUCCUAAUCUUCAUGACCUAAGACAUGAAACAAAUGGAAAGGUCUUGUGUAACUUUGUUCGGGAUCAAAAUGACUUGUUAAAUGUGCCAUUUGUGGCUGAGGACUGUAGGAACAAGUGUUUAUCAGAUGGGGAUCAGAUGAUGCACAAGGAAUGUCUUGAGGAUAUGCAAAUAAAAGUGGAAGCAACACUGAAUCGUUUUGUAUGUGAGGUGUGUGGUAAGAAAUUUUCUCAUAAGAGUAAUAUCAAUAUUCAUAUGAGAGUCCAUACAAAGGAGAAGCCAUACAGCUGUGAUAUUUGCAAUAAGGCAUUCUCACAGAUAAGUGAUCUAACAAGACAUAUGAGAGUACAUACGAAGGAAAAGCCAUACAGCUGUGAGAUUUGCAACAAGGCCUUCUCACAGAUAAAUGAUCUAACAAGGCAUAUGAGAGUACAUACAAAGGAAAAGCCAUACAGCUGUGAGAUUUGCAACAAGGCCUUCUCACAGAAAAGUGAUCUAGUGAGCCAUAUGAGAGUUCAUAUAUAGGAGAAGCCAGUCAGCUGUGAUAUUUGUAAUAAAGCCGUGACAUCCUAAAACAAUCAAACAAAGCAUAUCAGAGUACAUACAAAAGAAAUGCAAUAUACCUGUGAGAUUUGCAAUAAGGCCUUCUCACAGAAAAUAA